GUUUCAUGGCGUCGUCGCGCAUCGCGUUAUCAACCGUUAGAAACGUCCGCCCGCGAGUCUCGUGCCUACCUCCACGGAAGUUUAUCAAGUGAUCGGCCACGAAGGCAGUCCCCUCGUAAUCAAUACAGACGCUGAGAAAGAUGAUGUUGGCCAUGGGGCGGAGGCUGAAGGCCAUCGAGUGCUUCCUCCGAAGGUGGGUCUCCAGUCGGCCGGACCCCGAGCUGACGGCCCUCCGUUAUAACGUCAAACGGGGCUCUUACGCCGUGCCCAACGAUACUCACGUGGCCUUCUUCGAGAAGCUUCUCGGACCCGGAGGCGUGAUUACCGAUUCCCAAGAGUGCGAUGCCUACAACGUCGACUGGCUCAAGAUCGUCAAAGGAUCGAGUCGACUCGUGCUGAGGCCGAGGAGCACCGAGGAGGUCUCCGCUGUACUUCGGUAUUGCGACGAACGGAGGCUCGCCCUCUGUCCCCAGAGUGGCAAUACCAGCCUCGUGGGCGGCAGCGUGCCCGUCUUCGACGAGAUAGUCCUUUCGAUGCGCCUCAUGGAUCGGAUCAUACACACGGACGAGCUUGCCGGUGUUGUCGUGUGCGAGGCCGGUUGCGUUCUACAGAGACUCGACGAGCAUCUGAGCGGCCGCGACCUGAUGAUGCCCAUCGACCUUGGGGCCAAGGGCAGCUGCCUGAUUGGCGGCAACGUGUCCACCAACGCGGGCGGCCUGCGUCUACUGCGCUACGGUAAUCUGCACGGGAAUGUCCUGGGACUCGAAGCCGUGAUGGCGAACGGUAACGUAAUCGACUGUCUCAACACCCUGAAGAAGGACAACACCGGAUACCAUUUAAAGCAUUUGUUCAUCGGAUCCGAAGGUACACUCGGUGUCGUGACGAAGUUGGCCAUCCAGUGUCCCAACUUGCCCAAGGCCAUCAACGUCGCUUUUUUAGGACUGAGGGAUUUCAAGAAAGUGCUGGAGACGUAUCGUCUGGCCAAGGGCGAACUCAGCGAGAUCCUUUCGUCCUGCGAAAUGAUGGACCGUGUAUCGAUGGAUAUUGCUGAGCAAGCCCUAGGACUGAAGAAUCCGCUCGCCAGUGAAAAUGAUUUCUAUAUGCUGAUCGAGACGUCUGGCAGUCAGUUGUCGCACGACGAGGAGAAAGUUAAGGCCUUCUUGGAAAAGGUCAUGGAGCUGGGUAUCGUCGACGAUGGUACUGUUACAUCCGAUCCCAGUAAAAUUCAGAAAAUAUGGGAGGUAAGAGAAAGAUUAGCCGAGGCGAUGUCCAAAGAGCAUUAUCUUUUUAAAUAUGACAUUUCAUUACCGCUGUCGGAAUUCUAUUCGAUUGUUGCGGUACUUAAGGAUCAUUUAAAGGACUGCGACGUUCGGUAUAUUACUGGAUUCGGACAUUUAGGCGACGGGAACCUUCACGUGCAGGUCUUGACUUCCGAUUACGACGCCAAGGUAAACGCGCGGCUCGAGCCGUUCAUCUUCGAGUACACAUCCAAGAUGCGAGGCAGCAUCAGCGCGGAGCACGGGAUCGGCUUCAAGAAGGCCAAGUUCCUGCGCUACAGUAAGGACGAGUCGGCGAUCGAGUUGAUGCGCAAUAUGAAAAGGGCUAUGGAUCCCAACGGCAUACUCAAUCCUUACAAAGUUUUUACUUGAGCGUGCGGGCUGCCCCCGCCCGUUUCUGCACUCUCUUUUUAUUUUUCGUAUCCCCAUUGCGGGAAAACGCUUGGACGUAACGGCGGGG